AUGAUACACUUCCAGGAAUUUAAUUAUUUGUUACGAAAAUUACAAUACUCUGACGGUCCUCCUGAUGUUGUAGCUGCACUAAAGGACGUAGCAACUGCUAUACAAGUUGGUGACAAAAGUGACUUACAGGAACUAUUGGCGCUGUUAAAUUCUACGCCCGAUCACGUAUUAAAAUUAAAGUUACUUUCUAUUUUGUCGGCAUAUUUAAUAUCACAUUAUAGAUUCAGCGAUGUCAUAGUCACCUACAGGCCACUUUACGGCACAAUCCAAAACUUACUAAAUCGAGGUUUACCUAUAAAGACAAAGACUACUUUCAAUUUUAUUCUGGCCCUGUUAAACGCCGACACAGAAGCGACAAAUCUAAAGGUGUUUGCACAAAAUAUGAUUCGAGUCAGUGGUUGCCUGAUGACUAUGUGUGACAUCUUCACCAGUGGAAUGAUGUUUCAAGACACUUGGAUAGCACUCUGCCAUAGUAUUGCAGAAUCAUGCAGCGGAUGUGAAGUGAACCAAAAUUUUUGCUCGCAUCUUAUUCCUGUGUGUGUGGAAAGAUGUCGUCAAGGUAACACAGACGUCUGCAUAGUACUGCAAAGUUUAAUUUACAAUCAUCAACGUAACCUAAAGUUGUUUUUCGAAAGCGGAGGACAAUCUAUUUUUACAAGACCACUACUGCAAUAUGACACGUGUAUGCAAAUGUUAAGCAACAUUAUUCAAACUUCAGAGCAAGCUGUACAAUCUGUGUACAGUUCUGGUUUAAUACAUCAUUUGCGAGACUUUUUGCAUUUGUAUGGUCCUUACUCCCAAGUAAGUUUUUGUUUUAUUUCAAAAGAACAUCAUUAUCCAUUUCUUAUUCCUGUCGGCCAGUGGUCAACUAUAAUACUAUAUCAUCUGGAUAAUCGCAUGAAGGAUGUCAAACAGAGAUCAAUGAGUGCAAGACUCUUUAGCGCAAUCAAUGAUUCUUGUACGGUUUUAGUAAAAAGCGUUAAGAGUAUAUUUACAUCGAAGAAAGAUUUUGAUAAAAAGAUCGAAAAUUCAAACAGUGGUAAUAGUGACAAAAAUUUCGAGGUUGAUUCAUGUAGCUACAGUUUUACGAACUACAUGCGAAAAAGGGACGCAGUUCUUGAAAAUGAAAACAAAACUGAAAACAUGGAAUAUGAUGAUUCCAGUUAUAUGUACAGGGAUUCGUGCAGGACGUGCAAAGAUACCAUAAUCUUACAACACAAAAUGGCUAGUGAUGAAAACUUACAGCUAACCAUAAAAAGACUCAAAAUAGGCGUUAACUUAUACGGAUGUAACUUCAAGAAAAUAUCAAAAACAUUGUGGCCACGCAACAGGUACAUGACGCCGAGUAUUCUUUAUAAUUUGUAUCGGAAGUUGGUAAUAAAUGGUGGCUAUCAGAAAAACUUUCAAGAAUAACAUUAGAACAAAUAAUUCUACAAUUUCAAUUUAUUGUUUCAAAGAAUAUAAAUAUCUUGCAAGGUAUUAAAGUAAAACAUAAAAAGGUAGUUUCAUUC